UCGAGUCGUUUACCUCGGUGACAGUCGCUUCUUCAUCAGACUUCUCGCCAGUAGUGAAAGCGUUAAGUUCGUCAUCGUUUCUUGAAUAUCUUGCUCCACUCCGAAUCGCCGUUUGAUGGAGAGCGAAAAAGGAGAAACUUGUUUGGGAGAAGCGAGUGAUGGUGAGACCCAUGAUCAUGACUCUGGUGAAGAUGAUGAAGAAUUUUGCUAUGCUUCUGUACCUGUGUCCAAGUUGCAGCCUAGGAAAGUUUUAUCAAAGGGUCGUUGGAUUAAUGAGAUGGGAAUGGCUGAGGUCGAAGUUCUAAAGGGUCCAAUUUGGAGUACGACGGGAAUAGUUCGUGGUGGAAAAAUCUAUUGCUCAAUUGAAGAAGUUUUGUUUCUGGCUGAACUUGGAGCUUUUCUUCUAAUGGAUGAUGCUGGUACCCGUCUUUCUAUGGAAGAUAUGUAUGCAAAAAUUUCGGAUCAAAAUAAUGGAUGUUCAUGGGAGUACUUUCAAGCCUAUAGGCAACUGAAGUCUCUUGGUUACAUUGUUGCGCGACAUGAUAUCCCCUGGUCUCUGAAGACUGUCAACAGCAAUAGUGGAUCUUCUUUUCCUAUAUGCUCCUUAGAAAAAGUAGCAGACUUGAAAUCGGAAGACACGACCUCCAUAACCGCAAUGUUCAGUAGAGUGCAGAUUGACGAAGUAAAACCAAUUUUUGACGUCUAUCCCCCAAACAGCAAGUUUAGAAAGUCUUCUCCUGGUGAUCCAAUCUUUGUGCUCUGCUUUUCUAGUGGUUCUCCGCCAUCAAAAAUGACAUUUGAAGUCCUCAAAAGACAUUGUCGAGGAGUUCCUCCGAAAUUUUGUCAUGUAGAGCAGGGACGAGUGAGUUUCUUUUCCUUUAAAAAAGUGGAGCUUCCUGUUCUGCCUUGAUGUUCAGUUUUAUUGUUCGCGACCGGAAUCAGAUGCAAAAGGAAAAUGGUAUGAAGAUUAUGUUUCAAUAUCUGUAGGUAAAAUUCAUUUAUUUUUCUUAAAAAAAAAGAUAAAUUGACCAAUAA